GAAGAUUAAACGCGCGUCUGCGAACCGGAGAGCGCUCGUCGUCUACAAAGUUCUCGCAGUCGGUCAGUUGUGUCGGGCUGUUGUCGCAUAGCAAACGUCUCGUGGUGUCAUCUUUAUUUUAAAACUACUGAAAUACACAAAGAUGGCGGCUCUACUUUUCGAUACGUGCUGUGGGUGCAUCGAGCUGAGGACGGGGUGUCUGAUCAUCGGAUAUCUUAAUCUGGUGUUCAGUGCCAUCGCCGUGAUCAUGACGCUGAUUCUCGGUGUGAUGGUGGGCGUGGCGGUGAACGACAAGGACGUCCAGCAGGCACUGCGUGAGCAGGGUCACUUACCGACAGAGGCCGCCGCCGCCGUCUCCGUGAUCGCCAUCAUCUUCGUCGUGCUAAUACUGCUGUUCCUGAUCUUCAACAUUGUGUUCGUGGUCGGAGUUCACCAGAACAAGCGCGGCCACGUGAAGGCGUACCUGAUCUUCCACGUGAUCUUCUUGAUCCUCUACACGAUCUCGUUCCUGGCUUCCUUCGCCAGCCCCCCCAUCAACGGAGGCGACGUCGCUUCCAAGCUGCUUACCAUCCUUCUGUCAAUUUACUUCCUUCUGGUGAUAAGGAGCUACUAUUACAAGAUGGGUGACACCAGCCGCCAGCCCGCCAUCUACAACACUGCCUAAGCAGAUCUACUGAACAAACGUCAUUUUGUAUCUGAAAACCUCAAUGACGUCCCUAAUGUAUUCGAUUUUACAUUACCUGAAAAAGAUUAAAGUACAAUACCAAAAAAAUAUUUUCGUAAAAAAAUCAACUCACUUUAGAUGCCGAACUACCUCGUUUGCUGUCGUAGAAUUGGAAACUAAAUGUUAAAAGCCUGUAGCACGGUUUUUUGGACCUGAAGUACAAAAUAUAUUACUAUUAAUGAAAAUGAACAUUGAAAAUAGCCUUGUUUUUCAUAUAAAGUGUUUAAUGUAAUAUAAAUAACGAUUUAUCUAUUGUUGCAUAGAUAUUUACCAUCAUUGUGUUAUAAUUUGUUAAAAUUAUAACGACUUGUUAAAUCAGUCAUAUAGAGAUCCUUUACUUUCUCAAACAUUACAUUUUUGUUGUUAUUUCUAUUAAAAGUAGUUUUAGUUGUAGUUAUGGUAUUAUUAUUACCUUUGGAUCGUGCUCUCUAUUCUAUGUUUAAAGGUUGUUAGAAGACAUUUAUUUUGUUUAAAGCACAAGAUAUAAAAAUAAACGUAAUUUAAUUCGUUUGAUUACAAAAUUGAAUCCGACUACAAUUGAGUUUGUAUUUCAAUUAGUCUUUAAAUAUUUGAUUAUACUCGUGUGUCUAAAGGCCUUUCAAUGUCUAAAAAUAUAUUUAAUGUAAUUUUCGUACAUAUAUAAAUUUUGAGAGUUUACAAUGAGUUUACAUUUGCUUAAAUAAUUAUAAGUUUUUUACAUGACGAAGAUAAACGUCACUAUUUUUAUAGUCUUUAUAAAGUGUUAAAUGUGCCAUUUAUGCCGGCUCUAACGUUUAAGUACCAACGACUAAAAGUAAUUUGAAACUUUUUGAUUUUAUUUGAAAUAUUUCAUACCCAAAUAAUGUUAAUGAGCACAGUUUUGCUACGCAAAAUUUUUGGAUAUCUUUAAUUUUAAUUAAUAUUUACUGUAUCUUUAAACAAUGCAUUUUGUAAUUAGGUUAAAUAGCUUAUGUCUGUUAAUAAACAUAAUAAUAAAA